CCCGCCUCUCGCCCGCCCGCUCGCAAGCGUCCCCUGCAAGGUGGAGGCGGCGCCGCAGCGAGGGAGCUGUUGUGGGCCGCCAGGCGGGAGUCUCUGGGCCGCCGCUGUCUCCGCCAGGAGAGCGGAAGAUGCAGGAGCCACGCUUGGACGCCGGCCGGCACUAAGGGGAGCAGCGGGCAGCGGCUACGGAAGCGUUGCGGUGAGGCCCUAAACAGACCGAAGCUCCAGGCAGCUCUGGCGCGUGGUGGACUCCGGAGGCCGCCGGAGCCGAGAGCACCAGGCGAGACCCGCUGGCCCCAGGCCCUAGAGGUCGGGGGCUCUGGCGGGCCUGGCACUUGGGCUGCCCACAGCGAAAGUGCAGCUGCUGUGAAGCUGCCUUUCUUUGGGGCUGAAGCCCCGUGCAACACGUGGGUCAUUUCUUUGAAACCAUUAGAAACGUGCGGCAAUGAGGAGCCGGAGUAACUCCGGGGUCCGACUGGACAGCUACGCUCGACUGGUGCAACAGACCAUCCUGUGCCAUCAGAAUCCAGUGACCGGCUUGCUUCCAGCUAGCUAUGAUCAGAAAGACGCAUGGGUCCGAGAUAAUGUGUACAGCAUCCUGGCUGUGUGGGGUUUGGGCCUGGCCUAUCGGAAGAAUGCAGACCGGGAUGAGGAUAAAGCAAAGGCCUACGAACUGGAGCAGAGUGUAGUGAAGCUGAUGAGAGGACUGCUGCACUGCAUGAUCAGACAGGUGGAUAAAGUAGAAUCCUUCAAGUAUAGUCAGAGUACUAAGGAUAGUCUCCAUGCCAAGUACAACACCAAAACCUGUGCCACUGUAGUGGGUGAUGAUCAAUGGGGACACCUGCAGUUGGAUGCUACUUCUGUGUACUUGCUCUUCUUAGCACAAAUGACUGCCUCUGGACUCCAUAUUAUCCACAGCCUAGAUGAAGUCAAUUUCAUACAGAACCUUGUGUUUUACAUUGAAGCUGCCUAUAAAACUGCUGACUUCGGGAUAUGGGAACGCGGAGACAAGACCAACCAAGGGAUAUCAGAACUGAAUGCCAGUUCAGUAGGAAUGGCAAAGGCAGCCCUGGAAGCAUUAGAUGAACUUGACCUGUUUGGUGUGAAAGGUGGGCCCCAAUCAGUUAUCCAUGUCUUGGCUGAUGAAGUACAACACUGCCAGUCUAUCCUUAAUUCCCUACUACCCCGGGCUUCAACAUCCAAAGAAGUUGAUGCUAGUCUACUUUCAGUGAUCUCCUUCCCAGCCUUUGCAGUAGAGGAUAGCAAGUUGGUGGAGAUCACAAAGCAGGAGAUCAUCACCAAGCUUCAGGGUCGUUACGGUUGCUGUCGUUUUCUCCGUGAUGGGUAUAAAACCCCUAAAGAGGAUCCCAAUCGUCUAUACUAUGAACCAGCUGAGCUGAAGCUGUUCGAAAACAUUGAGUGUGAAUGGCCAUUGUUCUGGACUUACUUUAUCCUUGAUGGGGUCUUCAGUGGCAAUGCAGAACAGGUUCAAGAGUAUAGAGAGGCUCUUGAAGCAGUUCUCAUCAAGGGCAAAAAUGGGGUCCCACUUCUGCCAGAGCUCUACAGUGUUCCUCCUGACAAGGUUGAUGAAGAGUAUCAGAAUCCUCACACCGUGGACCGAGUCCCCAUGGGGAAGUUGCCUCACAUGUGGGGUCAGUCUCUAUACAUUUUAGGAAGCUUGAUGGCAGAGGGAUUUUUAGCUCCUGGAGAAAUUGAUCCACUGAAUCGUAGGUUCUCUACAGUACCAAAGCCAGAUGUUGUGGUUCAAGUCUCCAUCCUUGCUGAAACAGAAGAAAUUAAGGCCAUUUUGAAGGACAAAGGAAUUAAUGUGGAGACUAUUGCUGAGGUAUACCCCAUCAGAGUACAGCCAGCCCGUAUUCUCAGCCACAUUUAUUCCAGCCUUGGAUGCAAUAAUAGAAUGAAACUCAGUGGACGACCCUACAGACACAUGGGAGUACUUGGAACUUCCAAACUCUAUGACAUUCGGAAAACUAUCUUUACUUUCACUCCACAGUUUAUAGACCAGCAACAGUUCUACCUGGCUCUAGACAACAAGAUGAUAGUGGAAAUGCUUAGAACAGACCUCUCCUACCUCUGUAGCCGCUGGAGGAUGACAGGCCAGCCUACUAUCACCUUCCCCAUCUCACAAACCAUGCUUGAUGAGGAUGGAACCAGCUUAAAUUCAAGUAUCUUGGCAGCACUACGAAAAAUGCAGGAUGGCUAUUUUGGUGGGGCAAGGAUCCAAACAGGUAAAUUAUCAGAGUUUUUGACAACAUCUUGUUGUACACACUUGAGCUUCAUGGACCCUGGACCUGAGGGUAAGCUGUACAGUGAAGAUUAUGAUGACAACUAUGAUGAGCUGGAAUCAGGUGACUGGAUGGAUGGUUACAAUUCAGCCAGUACUGCUCGCUGUGGUGAUGAAGUUGCUCGUUAUUUAGAUCACCUUUUGGCACACACUGCUCCCCAUCCUAAACUAGCACCUGCCUCACAGAAGGGAGGGCUAAAUCGGUUCCGAGCUGCUGUACAAACAACCUGCGACUUAAUGUCCUUGGUGACCAAGGCCAAGGAGCUGCAUGUACAGAAUGUUCACAUGUAUCUUCCUACAAAGUUAUUUCAGGCUUCUCGCCCUUCACUCAACUUACUUGACUCAUCUCAUCCCUCACAGGAGGACCAGGUUCCAACUGUUCGUGUAGAAGUACAUCUUCCUAGAGACCAGUCUGGGGAAGUGGACUUCCAGGCACUGGUUUUGCAGUUGAAGGAGACGUCAAGCUUACAGGAGCAAGCUGAUAUUCUCUACAUGCUGUAUACUAUGAAAGGACCUGACUGGGAUACUGAAUUAUAUGAAGAAGGGAGUGCUACAGUCAGAGAGCUUCUUACUGAACUAUAUGGCAAAGUUGGAAAAAUUCGUCACUGGGGCCUGAUCCGAUACAUCUCUGGGAUCUUAAGGAAGAAGGUGGAAGCACUCGAUGAGGCCUGCACAGACCUUCUGUCCCACCAGAAACAUUUGACAGUGGGACUCCCUCCAGAGCCUCGAGAAAAGACCAUCUCUGCACCUCUCCCCUAUGAGGCACUCACUCGGCUGAUAGAGGAAGCUUGUGAAGGGGACAUGAACAUUUCAAUCCUUACACAGGAAAUAAUGGUAUAUCUAGCCAUGUAUAUGAGAACUCAGCCUGGUCUCUUUGCUGAAAUGUUUCGACUUCGAAUUGGUCUGAUCAUACAAGUUAUGGCAACAGAACUGGCCCACUCCCUUCGAUGCUCAGCUGAGGAAGCCACAGAGGGCCUGAUGAAUCUCAGUCCUUCGGCCAUGAAGAAUCUCCUGCACCACAUUCUCAGUGGCAAGGAGUUUGGAGUGGAACGAAGUGUUCGUCCCACUGAUUCAAAUGUCAGUCCUGCUAUUUCUAUCCAUGAGAUUGGUGCUGUUGGAGCAACCAAAACGGAACGAACUGGGAUCAUGCAAUUAAAAAGUGAGAUAAAGCAGGUGGAAUUUCGUAGACUGUCUAUCUCAACAGAGAGUCAGCCCAAUGGUGGUCAUUCGCUGGGUGCAGAUUUGAUGUCACCAUCUUUUCUGUCUCCUGGAACCUCUGUGACUCCGAGUAGUGGGUCCUUUCCUGGUCAUCACACAUCUAAAGAUAGUCGUCAAGGUCAAUGGCAACGCCGAAGAAGGCUGGAUGGAGCACUAAAUAGAGUCCCAAUUGGAUUUUAUCAAAAAGUAUGGAAGGUUUUGCAGAAGUGUCAUGGACUUUCUGUGGAAGGUUUUGUUCUUCCUUCUUCAACAACUAGAGAGAUGACUCCAGGAGAGAUUAAAUUCUCUGUUCAUGUGGAGUCUGUCCUGAAUCGGGUACCUCAGCCAGAGUACCGCCAGCUUCUAGUUGAAGCCAUCCUUGUCCUUACCAUGCUGGCAGAUAUUGAAAUUCAUAGCAUUGGAAGCAUCAUCGCUGUGGAAAAAAUAGUGCAUAUAGCCAAUGACUUGUUCCUUCAAGAACAGAAAACCCUUGGCGCAGAUGAUAUCAUGUUGGCAAAGGAUCCUGCAUCUGGCAUCUGUACUCUUCUGUAUGACAGUGCACCCAGUGGCAGGUUUGGCACCAUGACCUACCUCUCCAAGGCAGCCGCCACCUACGUGCAAGAGUUCCUGCCCCACAGCAUCUGUGCCAUGCAAUGAGGGCUUUGGGUCCUGGCUGCUGAGAUCCUUUGACAGUUGAUUGUGCAUGGAAGUGAAAUGUUAUCACCUGAUCACUCCCACCCAGCCUCUUUCUGCCCCAUCCCUCCCGAGAAGAGAGAACAUCUCCGAUAAACUAACUGCUUUAGAAGAAGUGAAGGCUUCCCUGGAAGCUCCCUUCCAGCGUGCGGAUGCUCAAACCACGCCUUUCAUUAGCAGCUUGAAUUCUUUCAUGGUUCAUAAAAGUUUGCAUGUGUUUUGUUCUCUAGAUCUGUUACCUACUUGGUUUUCUAACUCCUGUUUGGGGAGCAGGUAUUAAUAAUAACUUAUUCCUAAAGUUUGAA